AUGCAACCGCGAAAGGUCGUUGUGAAAGUAGUUGAGCCUUCCGCGCAGCAGAGACAAGCAGCAUACCUUUCCCGCUCUCCCUCCCCUCUCAAGACGGUCGCGUCCCCAGCCUCAUCCGAAGUUGGUUUCCGCCCAAAGGCCAAAGUCAAUAGUAGCGCCACCUCAAACCUCGUCGCUCGCAAGGCCACAGUUGCCAGUUCUUCUCCCAUCGUCCGAACUGGCUCUGUCAAGAGCACCAUUAGUGUUAGCACUAGCCGAACUGCCUCCCCAACACGAAAUGGGAGCCGUACCCCAAUACAGCCACAACCACCACGACCACGGGCUGCGGUGACAAGGGGCAUUCGGCCGACCGGAAACACAACUCCUCGAAACCCAUUUGACGCGUCGCGGUCUGACAUUGUGGACCUUUCCGGUCCAGAGGACGCCCCAUCACCGCGAAUCAAAGCCAAACUAUCCAAUCUCUCGAAGAACAUUGCAGAGGAAGGGAGCAGGUCGCCUCAGCUUUUACCACAACAACAAUUUCACCGCCCCCGCGUCCCAUCUGUCUCUUCGACGACAACAUCGUCCUCGCUUUCCCCGAGGCCCAAUUCGUAUUAUCAGCCUUUUCCCGACGCCGCAAAGUUCACUAGGGCGAAUGGAAACGGCUUCCCGUUGUCAGCAACCGUAGAUCCGACAACGGUCCCACUCCCAUCCCACUCCCCACCAACUUCUGCCCUCUCCUUUUCCUCCCGGUCAUCUGUCUCGGUGUCGUCUGGCGUACACAGUGAUGACAGGAACGCAACGAAUAUAAUACGUGGCGGGCUCGAGAACUUGUUGGGCUUCAGCGAAAUUUUGCCUGGUGAGGAGACGGAAACGGAUGAAGAUCUAUCAGAAGAGGAGGAUGAGAUAGAGAGCACGGAACAGCGAAAGGUAAAUGCUAUCGAGCGCGAGGUUAGGGCAGAGGCAAAGUCUGUUCGCAAGAUUGCGGACCUGGAAAUCACCAACCGCUCGCUCCUCACGAUCAACACCUCCCUAGAGCAGACCAAGCAUCGACAAGCGAAAGAAAUCCGCGAACUUCGCAGGAAACUGCGUGAAUCGAGGCUGGUUUUACCACCUAAGGAGUUCCGCGCAGUCAGCAUGAAAGAUACGAAAGACCACGAGUCAGAAGACGACGAAACAGACGAGGAAGAUGAAGGCGAGGAAAGGGAACGCGAGCGGGAGAAGCACGACCAAACUUACAAACGGAUUAAAAUUAUUCUGGAGGGUCUGAUCGAGACAGGACGGAGGGCGUUGGAAACAACGUCAAAAGACUUUCCUGAAGAGGAGAAUACGAACAAGCCCAAGGUGGCGAAGGUCCUCAGUGCUUUCGACCAGGAGGAGGAUGAGGACGAAGACAGGCCGUUAUCCCCGUCCCGUGUUGCUGUGCCAGACAGUGAUUCCGAAUCUGACCACGAUGAAGCGGAGGUCAUGAAAAGUCUGCUUUCACCUUCCCCUUCCCCUCAACGACCCACAUAG